ACUGGGAGUUAGUCAUUUCCUCUAUGAGUAAGUGAUCGGUACUGCACUGUAUCAGGCAGCUGUGAGCGUGCUUCUCUCUGCAUCUGAUCUGCCUCCCUGCUGCCUGCGUUCCUGCAUCUGUCCCUUGGAUCUCUCAAGAAGUUAAAGAAGGAGGCUUAAAGGGUAAUUCAAGCAUGACUAAGAAAUUGAAUUUAAUGAGGCUCUCCCUGGAGAAGUCAUGAGUGAACCAUUUGAUUGUGAUAGCUGUAAGGAGUCCUUGUACGGACGCAAGUAUAUCCAGAUGGAAGAGGGCCCUUACUGUAUUCCUUGCUAUGAUUCCCUGUUUGCCAACACUUGUGAUGAAUGUAAAGAAAUUAUUGGCCAUGACUGUCGGGAGUUGUAUUAUGAAAACCGUCAUUACCACGAGCACUGCUUUCGAUGCUUUCGUUGUGACCAUUCUCUGGCAGAUGAGCCUUUCACAUGCCAGGAUGAGGAACUCCUUUGUAAUGAUUGUUACUGCAAUGAAUUCUCCUCCAAGUGCAUCAGUUGUGAGAAAACCGUCAUGCCAGGCUCUCGCAAAUUAGAAUACAAUGGGCAGACCUGGCAUGAACACUGUUUUAUUUGUAACAGCUGCCAGCAACCAAUUGGAUCCCGUUCUUUCAUCCCAGAAAACCAGAACCAUUACUGCAUUCCUUGUUAUGAGAGCAAGCUAGCCCCACGCUGCACACACUGCAAAAAAUCUCUUACCAAAGGAGGGGUUACUUAUCGAGAUGAGCCAUGGCACAAGGAAUGUUUUGUCUGCACCGGAUGUAAAAUCCAGCUGGCUGGGCAGCAGUUCACUUCCCAGGAUGAAAAGCCAUACUGCAUCAAAUGUUUUGGGAACCUUUAUGCCAAGAAAUGUGCAGGGUGCACUAAACCUAUCACAGGUUUCGGGGGGGCUAAGUAUGUCUCAUUCGAAGAGAGACACUGGCAUCACAGCUGCUUCAAUUGUUCCCGUUGCUCUACUUCCCUGGUGGGGAAGGGUUUUAUCCCAGACAAUGAGGACAUUCUUUGCCGUGCAUGUAACACUGAUUUAUAAUCGAAUAGAGCCUGCUGCCGAGGUGUGCCAUUUCUCUGCCAGAGGCCUGCAGCCCUUUCUGGAGCAAUGUGUUACAGGCUUCUUGUAUAACAAACUGCAAGAUGCAAAAAAGUACAUUUAUUUCCUAUAUAACAGGCUUUUAGAAUUUGCACGGUGAUUUUUAUAUCCGUUUUUAUGGCUUUGCACUCCAGCAAUGUGUCUCUGUUGGCUGGAUUUAGUUGUAGGCUGUCUUGGCUUUUUUGGAGUAAUGGGUGGUUAUGUUGCAGAGUAAUCACCUGAAAAUACAAUGUAAUUUAAUUUACUUCUUUCUUCAUUUUUUUUUUCAUUUGAUUAAUUGCACUUUGGAAGCAAGCAAUGUUAAUUGUUAGGAAUAGGAAUUCUGUGUCACCAGUGAAAAAAGCCAAGAAUGGUGCAUAGCAAUGCUAAGUUACUGCUUCCAGGCACAUUUUGUCCUAUUGCAAGUGCUUUUAUUUAAAAAAAAACAAAAAACUUUUUGAGCUAAAAUGCCAUGUUAUUUGUUUGUUAGGCCUACAUGUAUGGAUGACAAUGUUAUAUACCUUUCAAAUGUCAUUUCAGAAAUCUAUUUCAUUCACUUCUGAUUUCAGAAUGCUGGGCGCUGACUGUAAAAAGCUUCAGAAAAUCAAAAAAGUAACUUACCUUAGUUUAGGUUCUCUUAAAGGAACAGUAACGCCAACAAAUAAAAGUCUUAAAGUAGUGAAAAUAUAAUGUACUAUCAUGCUGCACUGAUAAAAAUGGUGUGUUUGCUUCAGAAAGUCCAUAGUGUAUAUGAACAAG